AUGGUGCUUAAUUCCGAAGAAGAAGUUUAUAAUUUCUAUAUUGAGUAUGCUCGGCAGGAAGGAUUUGGUAUUACAACAAAGAGUAAAAGGUUGGAUGAUGAUGGGAAGUUGAAGUAUUAUACACUUGCAUGUGUAAAAAGUAGAAAAAGGAUAUCAACAACAAAAAAUUAUUUCAAUCCAAGGUUAUCCACCAAAACAAAUUGUCAAGCGAAGAUUAAUGUGAUUUUUGGCAAUGAUGGAUGCUUUACUAUUUCUAGUGUCAUUUUGGAGCAUAAUCAUACACUUAGUCUGCAUAAAUCUCGUUUCCAAAAGUGCAAUAAAAAAAUAGAUGCACAUGUCAGAAGAAGGCUUGAAGUAAAUGAUCAAGCAGGUAUAACUUUAAGCAAAAAUUUUCAUUCAUUAGCUAUUGAAGGUGGGGGGUAUGAAAAUCUGACAUACAUUGAGAAGGACUGUUGGAACUACAUUGCAAAAGCAAGGCAGUUCAGACUAGGAGUUGGGGAUGCUGAGGCACUUGCAAAUUACUUCUUACGCAUGCAACAGAGAAAUUCUAAUUUUUUUCAUCUCAUUGAUAUGGAUGAGGAAGGCCGUUUAAGAACUGUGUUUUGGGCAGAUGCAAGGUCAAGAUCGGCUUAUGAAGCCUUCGGCGAUGUUAUCUCUUUUGACACAACAUACUUAACAAAUAAGUAUGAUAUGCCUUUUGCUCCAUUUAUUGGUGUAAAUCAUCACGGGAAAACGAUCUUGUUUGGAUGUGGUUUGUUAUUGAAGGAAAAUACUGAAACUUACAUAUAG